AUGACUGUGCUCAAGGCACAAACCAAAUCGACAGAAAGCCUAAACCACACCUUGAUACACAAUACUCUGCGACAUCGGGGAACCCUGCAGCCUUCCCGAGACAGACCCAAAAAUGAAAGAAAACCUUACUCGAGGAACACGCUCCAGGACAGCCACACUGAGAGAUCUUUGAACAGUCAUGGAAUCAUUGGAUGGAAGGAUGUCACGUUUAGUUCACCAUGGAAUGGAAUUCAGUACACCUAUGGGAGAGAGGCUUGGGAGGACACAGCGAACAUGGGAUGGGGAGGAUGA